GUGGUCAUUGGUUGGCCGUUGUGUUGCUUUGAUAUCUUUACACAUUACAAGUUGAUUUUUAGUUUACACACCUAUCAGUAAUUCCUGUUAGUUGUUGUCGUUAGUAAAUGUGAUAACAGUGUUUGGCUUUUGACUUAACACUACAUAUUUCUCCUUUUAGAAUCUCGUGGUGUCUGGUCCGCUGUCACUGUACCUCGUCUGCGCAAACGUAAAUUACAUAGACGCAAACAAACUACUAGCUGGCCUUUUCAAUUAAUAGUGGCGAUAAUGCAUAGCGUUUCGGAACACGAAGACCCUGACCUAUAUUUUGAGCCUGUUAUUACUCUUCCCCCUUUAACAGUCUGUAGUUCCGAGGAGAAUGAAGAGUGCCUAUUCAAACAGAGAGCACAACUGUUUCGUUUCGACACUAUUGACGAUCCCCCAGAAUGGAAGGAGCGUGGGGUUGGAGUGCUGAAAAUUCUACGUAACAGGACCAGUGGAUGCUAUCGCUUAUUGAUGCGUCGGGAUCGCACGUACAAGGUUUGUGCCAACCAUUAUCUCCUCAAAAAUAUGUACUUACGUCCAAACUGCAGCAGCAGUAGAGCUUUUGUCUGGAGUACGACAGCUGAUUUCGCAGACGAGGUGGUAAAACCAGAGUUAUUGGGUGUUAGAUUUGCUAACUCUACAUAUGCAGAAGAUUUUCGGAAAGUUUUUGAGGAAGGUUGUCAAGCAAGUGAGGAUAAACUAACUGAGAAUAGUAAGUCAUUACAUGAAGUCCUUACUUAAUUACAAAUAUGUGUUUCCAAGAAGAAAGCGUGUAUUAUUUCAGUUACACACAAAUUUUGUUGUUGUUGAUGUUAUGUCUAGUGUUUUCUGAUGGCUGGGCAGAGAUAUUCGUGACGUAAGUCUUUUAUUGCAAGUUUUCAGUGUUGCUUGCAUGCAUCCUGAUAAGGAGAUUACUAACUGACAUUUACCACUAUAACUGGCCACUUUUUAUUCACCGAGCGUCGUUUGUUAUUGUUUUCUAUCCUACUAUUUUUGCCUGAUCAGAUCAAACACUUCUGUAAUUCAUAUCAAUCAUUUAUGAGCUGU